AGCACCUCGGGUAAAUAGACCUGGAAAGUGUUAUUUUUUUAGUCAGGUGCCAUUUCGCAGUGGUUAUAAAAUUUAAUCGCAAGUACCUUGCGUCUAAAACAGAAAAAUGAAUUUUCUUGUAACAACACUCAAGAUAUGUGUCUUUUUGAUUUUUCUGAGCGCGUUUGUAUCAAGUAGCCCUUUGCCUGAUCCUCGUGGAGGAGGAGGUCAUGGGGGAGGAGGACAUGGGGGAGGAGGACAUGGAGGCGGAGGACAUGGAGGCUUUGGGCAUGGAGGAGUUGGUCAUGGAGGCUUUGGACAUGGGGGCUUUGGACAUGGAGGUUUUGGACAUGGAGGGUUCGGGCGUGGUGGCUUUGGACGCGGAUUUAUAGGGGGAGGUGGAUUUGCAUUUCCGCCCUAUUUUCAUCGUCGAAGAAACUAUCGUCGCUUUAGGCCCUAUUGGGCACUUGGUUUUGGUUCUUAAAUGUAUAAUUAUAAUUCUUCUUUAGAUAAUAUUUUUAUGUAAUUACGUAACACGAUGAUAUAAUAAAUUUUCAUAUGAGACUUUGUUAAAA